AGUUCAUGGACUGUCGAGAUUUCGUCACCUCCAGGACCUGAUUCGUCCAGCCAACCUGCAGCAAAGAUAAAGAACGAAAAUAAACCAAGAUCGCCUCUCUCAUUCGUUGUGCUGAGCCGCGGGGAAGCCGCGGAGUACACGCAUGAAACGGUAUUGUUGUUGGUGUACGGGCUGUCGAUCAGGACACCCCACGCCCACCGCUCCACGAGGGGCUUCCAGGUCGCAACCAGGGAAAAUAGGGCAAAAUCGGGUAAAUGUCAAAUCUCGGAGGUAGAAAUUCCAUACCUGACAUUUCAAGACGUCCGUCACAGUGGAAAUAUUUUCCAUUCCCAGGCUUCGCAGCUAUAUCGCUGGUUAUUAAUUUAG